CACCUCGUUCAAAAGUAAUCGUUGCAAGUAUUGGAAACCAUCCCAUCCAACGACAUACAAUACGAAGAGAUAUAGAAACAUGGCCAAGUUUUCGUUCCUUCUUUCGGCUCUCGUUGCCUGCCUUGUCGCCUUGAGUGCUACGGCAUUCGCUCCUGCGCGUAAGUAUCAUUUUGUCUAUUACGUCUCCCCCGAGAGCAGAGUUUUGUUGUGUGGCGAGGAACACUGUGAGCGAAGAACGGAUCGGGGAAUGUAUCGGCUUGCUUCAAUUUCUUCGAUUGGGUCCAAUAGAGUUGAUGCCAUCCAGGCGAUUGUCAAUCGAUGAGUACUCUGUAGAGCAAAGCCGUGUGGAACUGAAGUCCUUUUCCGGUGUUGCUGGAAUCCGGCAUCAGCAAACGUCACUCUGGUCUGUUUUCGAUGGUCAGAAAAAUUGGGUGUGGUACUUUGAAAUCAGGGAGAGUUUGCUAUGGCAUGAAUCAAACUUUGAUGCAAAUAGCUAGGUAUCAAACAGGUUCUGUUUCAGAGAGUCUUACAUCGAUGCAGAAUAGAAAAAUAUACCACUACACAACAAUGAAGUGUACUCUCUUACCAUUUUCAAAGAAGUGCUCGAAGAACCCUUGAAAAGAUGCCGUUGAUUAUGCGCGUUGCAGUUCAUUUCUUACCGGAUCUGUGGAGUUACUUCAUGCCUUCGUUGCCGCCUUGACAAGGGCAUUGUGAACGACCCCGGUUCCGUUUACUAUGGUUUAUAGUUCUUGAGUUGUUCCUCGAAAACUGGAAUACUCACGUCUUUGUUUCGCUCCUUUUUUCUUCCCUUUUCGCUCCGAAAUUCGAAUGCGCUCCCACAGACAAGACCUGUGCACGACCCAUCACUUCGCUCGAUGUCAAGGUCAAGAUCAAUGUCGGAGACGGCGAGCCCAUCGAGAGUGCCCUCCGUCGAUUCAAGCGUGCCGUCUCGAACUCUGGACACAUGAUGGAACUUCGCCACAAGCGAUACUUUGAAAACUCCCAGGAAAAGAAGAAGCGCAAGAUCAAGGAAGGACGCCUGCGAAAGAAAUUCGAGCGCAUGCAGCGCAAGCGCAUGGCCAAGAGAACCUAGACAGUAGAUCGACGGAUCGAUGGGAAUCUAAUGAUAGUAUGAAUAAAUAAAACCACGUAAUCACGAACUAGAAACACACCAA